AUGCAUCAACAUCCUCGCCCACCACCUGUUACCGCGUCACCCGCGAACUCUGAGCAGACGAAUCCUACUCGGACCAAUAACCCAAGAGAUCGAGACAUCCAGGCCCUACGAACAAAUUCGCCUCUCACCCAAGGGUCUGGUUCCUCGGAGGACUUUGCAAGUGCACGACAAGACCAACCUGCGGACAACCCCGGAGUCCAAAUGCAGAGGUUGAACCAGGUCAUCCAGAACUACCAUGCAAAGGCGGCCCUAAUCAUCCUUCAAUCUCGAGUCGAGCUGGCUCCUGCCUACUCCCAGAAAACGGAUACCAAGCGGGUGAAUCGGUGGUUCAAUCUCGACAUAGAUGAGACUGACGAGUACAAGGACGAUAUCAAGAGAUGGAAGACAUGUGACGUGGAAGACAACCGCCCCCCGCCCUUGGUGAUUGAGAUAUUCCUGACAACCGAUCCUUUGCCUCAAGGUCAGAGGCUUGUGAUCGUGGACGAGGACGGCAAGAGAUGGGACGUCUCGAAUACACUGUCCGCCGCCCGUGGUGCCUCUCGUGGGAGCCAGCGACGAACCGUCGAUUCAAACGAGGUCAUUCUGGAAAGAUGGACAAUUCAGCUGGGCGAGCAGACAGCUCCGAUUCCUCCAGACUUGGCUACUCUCCUCCCUUUGGUCUACAAGAAGAGCAUCGUCUUCUUCCGGUCUCUCUACACCUAUAGCAACUUUCUUCCGGCCUGGAAGCUGUCGAGGAAGGUUGGAAAGGCCCGUUCUACGAUGGCAAUGAAGCUGGGAUAUCGGCUGAUGGACGGAUCCCAAAUGACCGGCUCACCGCGUUCCGAUAAUCUCAAUCUCCGUCUGUUUGAUAGCAAUUCGGACGUUCUAUUAUCGUACGAUUUUGGACUGACCGAUUCGCCUGCCGGGCCUUUCUCCGUCAAGGUUGACUACCGACAAAAUUGCGACUUUCGGAUAGAUGAUUCCGAAGAGCUCUUGAGUUCUAGAUUUCUGGGGGCCGACGACGACCUUUUCCGACCAUCUCUACCCGGCGAGAAGGCUUCUCGGACAGAAGUUGGCUCUCUGCCUGCUGACCGCCGACAGAACCUUUUGGAGUCACCGGAGCUUGGGCUCGCCUACGGCAGUCUGUCCACUUUCCACCGAACGGGCAUUGCUCCCGGGACCAGCCCGAUCUCGGCCCUUCGUAAUGCCCAAGACUUUAACGCCAGCUCUCCUCCGACUCCUGAACCAGUCAGACCGUCGAUGCAUACCCACGCAACGGCAUCUCAAGGUUCACGAAACUCACUCAGAGCGGCGGCGGUUAAUCGACGUAGCUCAUUCUCGGUCCAACCGUUCAAAACCCCAACCCUGUCGGCCUCCCCUCUCGGAGCUUCUCCUUUGGCCAGCUCGCCACGAACUCACUCUGCGAGAAUACCAACCUUGGGAUCCUUGACGGAGGAAGGGAUCGCUCCGCCCGCAGCAGCGACGCAGGCAGGACGAAGGACAGGGUCAUUGGCUUCAGACAACGCUGUGGCUUCGUCGGCAUCUAGCUCACCAAAGCCAGCUCCUGUCACAAGAUACAGUAGCAGCUUCAGCCACAGGCGUGCCAGAUUGUCGUCUGGGGGUACCACGCUGCGUACGGAUGAUGACCAAACCAGUAGCGGCAGAGGCAGCGCGACAUCUUCGGCUCAACCGGGAUCAGGAUUGAUGACCGAACCAGCGACGGGAGGAGGAAGUUCGGGUUCGGUGGCGGAGGAUGACGGGGAGAACAUCUCGGAAUUUCUAAAAAUGAUUGAGCUCCAAAAAGAUCUUCUAUCAUCUCCAGCCUCGGCCGCGGCCGAAGCGUCGACCAGAAGAACGGCAGCUGCAUUGCAUCGAUUCCACCGCAUGCGAGAUUCCAAUGUUGCAUUGUCCGAUUCCAUGUCUUCCUCCCUGAUGUUGCAGCGGUCUUCGGCUUCUUCCAGCCGGCAAUUGUCAGGGGUCCCUCCGAUGGUAGCUGGGACAUCCAUAUCAACUUCGUCAUCCCCUGGAAAACCAAUAUCCCCACAUACUCCUCAUACUCCUUUCGCUCCCUCUCGGCUUAGCGCGGCAUACAGUCAUGAUGACGGGGAUACACCGCACCAUCUGUCCGUUGAAGAGCCGCCCUCACCGUCGGAAGCUCCCACGGAGGAGACCGCCCAAACUCAAUCUACGGCCAAUGUCACUGCAAUCGACAUACCUAAUUCACCCAGACCAUUCUUACCGGGCUACCAACGUUCGAGUUCCGCUCAACGAAGACCACUCAAUGCAGACGAUGAUGUGACGGGAUUCUAUGGGAUGCGAAGUGCCAGUAUGGGGGCAGACCGCCGUGGCCAUCGAAGAGAAUCUGCGAGAGUAGAUGAUGAGGAAGACCCGGUGGGGAGUACAGGAAAUACCGAAAGGGUCGGCUCACGUCGAACAACAGAGGCUCCACGUCGUGCCUCCCAAGCUCAUCGUCACUCUGGACUUGCGACUACGGCCCUAGCUUCCGAUGAAGCUGGUUCCGAGCUUCCUUCAGGUCGGUCAUCGGCCACUCCGUACCGACCUGGGUUCUCUCACACUGGAUCCGGCGGGCGACGUGUCACACACCGACAAGGAUCACCUUCCAGCUUCAGCGGAGCGGGUGCUAGCACAGGACAUGGGGAGAGUAGCAGUGUUGCAAGUGGUGGAUCGUGGAUCCGAGGGGGAAGACACAGUGGAAGUCGACCGGAGAAUCGGUUGGACGAAGACGAUUUCCUGCCCUUCGCCAUGGAGAGGAGUGACUUCAACAUGACCGGGAAAGCGGAUGACCCAGGGAGCGGUGGUCAGUGA